CCCCACCUCCUCCUACCUUCCUCCCACACCUCCUCACCUACCUCCCCCAACCGUCACCGGCGUGCCCCUUCCAACCGCCUUCCCUGCACCGCUGGCCCCAACGUGUGCCGCCCUGCCUCCAACCCGUGCUCACCCUCCCGCCUUCUCUUGCGACGCCGGCCAUGGCGCCCUCCCACAUCAAUCUGACACCCACGGCGACCCCUUUUCUUGCGCCAACCCGACACCACCACCGCCCCCAUCAUCCACCUCCACCCCCAUCAUCCCGUGCCUGCCAGGCGACGGAUCCGGCAGGACCCUCCUCCACUCCCUCCUACUGUGCCUGCCCGGCGACGAAUCCGGCCGGAUGCUCCUCCACCUCCGUCCUCCCGUGCCUGCCCGCCGGCUGGAUCCUCCUACACCUCCCUUUUCCCAUGAUAGCCGGUCAUGGAUCCAGCAAGAUCCGCCACCUCUCUCCUCCCAUGCCUUCCUGGAGACGGAUACAGCGAGAUCCUCCUGCAGCUCCUUCCUCUACGGCGGUGUCGAGCUCUCUGCCCUCCACUCUAUGGCCGGGCUCCCGCACCCCACGCACCGUCCACCGUGGACUUCCCUGACAACGAUGCCCGACGAGCAGAGGCGCAGUCCGGCUCCACGAGGGCAUGCAGUGCGGCGCUCCCUGCCUUCCCACUGGUGGUGUGGUUCGCCCCCCACCCCCCACACCCACCUCCCUGGCGACCGCUUGCCCGCGGUUGAUUCCUCUCCGCCUGGUCCUUUCCAUGAUGGGAUCUGCAGUUCUCUUCUACCACUUCGCGGCUCACUUGUUGGUAGAGAGAAGGAUGGCGGCGGCUACUACUUCGGUGGGAGCAGCAGGAGAGUUUGUGGUGGCGCUUCUGCCUCUGGAUAUCACGGGCGGUUCGCUUGGGUCCUCGGUGAAGUGCAGCUGGUUGUGCAAGAUGUUUCAGUGCGGGAGUGGAUCCACUGGCCAGCGACAUAAAGCCCACAAGAUGGAAAAUACCAUUUGCCGUAGGCGGUCAUGUGGUUGUGCUACAGUACGCUCCCAAGCGAGUUCGUGUAUGUGUGUGUGAAUGACGGCGGCAGCCAAACAACAAAGUCGCUCGCAUCGAAUGGUGUUUGCAGCUCACAGGCGCUCGCAGCUCACAAAAAUAUAUUUUUGUAUAUUUUUUAGAUUUUUGCUAUUGAUUUGGGUGAAUUCAGUUUCUAAUGCAAUUUGUUAAAUCUCUCUGUGUAGUUCGGCUGGCACGGCCGUGAGGUUCAGCCAGCUCCUGCUUGUAGUCGCCAUGGUAGCCUGGACACUCUGGCUUGUUGCAUGUUGCACCUUGUCGUCGGUGGUGCAGUCUGCACGCGUGCAAUACCGUGAUGCAGUGCGGUGUGUGUGGCUUGCUGCUCGGUGCAAGCGGGCAUGCAGUUUAGUUUGCUGUCUAUGGAUUUUUAUGUGUAUCGAAUGUUCUGGUUGGUAUAUGAUGUAUUGCAUGUAAAAAGUUAUUUGUUGGGAAGCUCUUUUCAGCAAGAAUUAGUGGUUCAUUUUCAAGA